ACAAUUUUAUUCAAGGAAAUGUCACUUGGUAUAAUUGGAUUAACACAUGAAAUAAAAAAUACAUAAAGCAUGAAACAAUGUACAGUGUUGCACAAAUCUCAACCUCCUUCUGUAAUAGACAUUGCUAUUUUAUUUUAAAGAAUUAUUGUAAUCCUUAAAACAGAUCACUGUAAAUGGAAUAAUUCAAGUGUGUCUACUUUUAUUCCACUUACCAUUUAUCUUAGCAAAUUUGCUUUUUUGUUCCAGAGAAGCCAUAUCCUACCCACCAUGCCUUAGUACCUUAUGGCAUCCCCUUCUUGGGGCUGGGAACACAUAGGCAGUGGGGAGAAGAGAAUAUCUGCUGUGUGUCACAGAUGCAAAAUCCAGUGAAAACAAGAAAUAGAAAUCUGCUUAAUUUCAGGAAAGGAAUUUAUUUCCUUGUAAGUGCCUUAGCACUGAGGGUUUCCUACUACCAUUGCACAGUCUUCUUAUUGAUGGUCACAACAAGCAGGAAACUAUUUUCAGUUCCCUUGCCAUUAUUAAAAUAGCAAUGCUUGCCUACUGCCUGGUGAUAGCUGUCAGCACAAUUGUACCCCAGUUAAUCCCCCACUGAGAUAAUACAAAAAUGGGGAAAUAAUCAUAUCUAGGGUUAACUGAUAUGUCAUUUAUGCUUAAUGACUGAAAAACAUCUUUCAGUUAAUCUAGAUAUUUUUGAAGGCUACAGUGUUAUGGCAUAAAACUUUCUGUAUAGUUAGUAACAGAGACAGAUUCUGCUCUCUGCUUCCAUUUUCUCCUGGCAACAGCCAGGACAUCCUUUAUAAACUUUAAAUCCACAUUUCAAACCCCUUUGCUUUAUACUUUGAUGUGUCACAGACUACAGAAAAUAGAAAUGGGUGUCCAGAACAGCUGAUAACAUGAAAUUAGAGACGUCAGCAUUUUGCUGUGAGAAAUUACUGACCUUUGUGUGAAGCCUUUGUGUAGAAUAUUCUUGAUUAAGACAAAGAAAAAGCUUUAGAAUGCAAAUAGCCUUACAAACAAGGGAUGGUCAGGCCCUUUUAUGCCAUUUCAGUUUUACAUUUCAUCCUUAAAUUCUUCACAGUGUCCAUGUAGAGAACUCACACAUACACAGAGUAUGUUUUAUAUGCUCUGCCACUUUAUAGCUGAGUGUGUUGUAGCUCUCUCUCUGCCCACCCUGCUCACAAACAGUUCUGUCCAGCUCAAAUGCAAAUCUGCUCACCAGUAAGACCAAGUAUUUAUUAACUGAUGGCAAUGUGCUGAAACAACCUGAACAGUUUUUGUGACCUGUUUGUGAACAUAAAUCACAAUACAAAUACUGAACUGACAAGACUGCAAGUUCUGUGGUUAACUUGAGGCAUCUGAUAAAGGGAGCUGGUUAAGGGAAAACUGAGGAGACACCUUCAAAUUAAGAUAAGCCAAACCAAGAACCUGCAACCCCCCACUCCCCUCAUCCCCUCAGGCCACCGACUGUAGGUGAAAUAGCCAAAGGGAAGCAAUUCAUCAUAGGACGAUGAAUGCAAAGGGAAUGAAAAAGGAGUGGAGGGUGAUGAUGAGCUCUGGACAUGAAGUCUGUAAGGAAGGAAAUGAGCUGCCCUUUGUGUUAGGGAUGAAGCUCUUGUAUUCACAAACCCUUGGGGAAAUCCAGUGCCCCCAGGCCCACUCCAGCUGGCUCUGAGUGACUCCCCUGUGCCCUGGCAGUAUGGCAGAAGCCACACAAGAGCUGAGCCACCUGCAGGUUGGGGCUGAAGAUGCUGAACAUUUUUGAGCAUCCUACACAGAGGGUUGGGAGUGCAGCCCUUUCCCACAUGGGGCAUAUUUUCUUCCUACUGAAUUGAUGUUUCACACUAUUACAUGCAUUUUUCUGUUAUAAAUAGAUCAGCAGGCCAAGUGCUAACCAAGCACCAGGAAAUUCCUGUAUAAUUUUUUUGGUUUUUGGUUAGGAGCUGGAUGCUGAGACACCAGUUCCCAUGUCAUUAAACUGGGUUUUGGUCAGGCCAAAACUGACCUUUGAUUUUUAAGGUGCAAUCCUACAGGAACACAACAUCAAUAACUGGGCGGGCUGCGCCCUGCAGAGACCAAUUUGGUAACACGCUGAACCUCAGCUUAUAAAAUAGCUGCAAGUGGUGCCACAUGCUGCUGAUUCUGACAUGACACUGUGUCUUUGCACGGCAGCAUGAUGAAGCACCCUAAAAUUAGCCUUCUUACUAUUUGGUAAAGAGCAGGCAGAAAGGUAGCAGCCUGCACUGAGGAGAACAAAGAGGCACGGGAGAGGACCACGACUGAGGCUCACACACAGCCUGGCCACAGCACCUCAUGCAUGCAAGACGACAGUUUAGAAACCUCAACUUCAAUAUCUCAGCUUCUGAGAGAGAGUUAUUUAGCAGAAACUAAACGUCAAGGGAAGAGUGAAAGAAGCAGAUCAGAGCCAGUUUCUCAUAAUUUCCACUAUGGCAAUGCUUCUGGUGAUUCAGAUGAGGUAGCUGCUCAAGAUGACCUCCCAGAUCUCUCUGCCUUUUUGAGCCAAGAGGAGCUUGAUGAAAGCGUAAACCUGGCCAGACAAGCUAUUGAUCAGAAUCCACUGGAAACUAAACAGGAUGAGCUUCAGGCACAUUCACAGCACCCCCCAGAUCAGCUGAACAACACGGGAAAACACAAACAAAUGGCCCAGUCUACAGCUCUGAAAACAUCAGACAACGGUCUGCACUCCAACUUUUGUCAGGAACAUGUCAGAAACACAAAGGGGUCCAAAGGGAGCUCUCAAGAUCUAAAGAAACACCACCUCCCUUCUGAAUCAGAAUCCAAAAAGGAAUUCCUAAACAAGGCAGCAGAUUUCAUCGAGGAGCUCUCGUCUCUUUUCAAAGCUCACAACUCUGAAAGAAUACGACCCCGAACAUGCAAAAACUACAAGAGCAAAAUUGAUUCCAAGAACAAGUCUGCUCAAAAAGGUAGCUCUAGCCUGUCUCUCACCUCAGAAAACAGAGAAAGGCUUUCCAUUCCAGCACCUCAAGACUUGGAAAACAAAGCAGAGAAAACUUUUGAACAAACAGAUCAACAGGCAGCAAACCUGGAAUCUGUCAGUCAAUUAACAAGUGCAGAGCUGAAAACAGAGUCAGAAUCUGCAUCUGUAUAUUCUGAUGAGCCCAUUGGACAACCACCACGCUUUACUCAGAAACUGAAGAGCAGGGAAGUUCCUGAAGGAUCCAAAGUGCAAUUGGACUGCAUUGUGGUAGGAAUCCCAGCACCUGAAGUCAGGUGGUACUGUGAGGGGAAGGAGCUUGAGAACUCACCAGACAUUCAGAUUAUCCAGACAGGAGACCGCCACUCACUGAUUAUUGUGGAAGCUUUUGAGGAGGACACGGGGCGUUACUCGUGCUUUGCUUCCAACAUCUAUGGAACUGACUCCACCUCUGCAGAGAUCUACAUAGAAGGCAUCUCUUCUUCUGACUCUGAAGGUGAAAUCAUCAAAGACGAAAUGGAUCACAAACCCAGGCCAGCCAACACCUCUGUGAAUGCAGCAUCUCCUGCUGUCAGAACUGCAACCAAACAUCAAGAAACCUCCAAGGUCCCACCAGCUGUGGUCCAGCCUGUGUCUGUACCUGUCCAGACUGUGUCAACACCAGCUAACCAGGCUCAAAGCCCCACUAACUAUUUGCAAGGACUAGAUGGAAGACCUAUAAUUGCUGCUCCUGUAUUUACAAAGAUGUUACAGGAUAUUUCAGCUUCUGAGGGGCAGCUUGUUGUUUUUGAAUGUCGGGUGAAAGGAGCUCCUUCCCCAAAGGUUGAAUGGUAUAGAGAAGGAACACUGAUAGAAGACUCUCCAGAUUUUAGGAUAUUACAGAAAAAACCACGAUCUAUGGCUGAACCAGAGGAGAUCUGUACCCUCGUUAUUGCUGAAGUAUUUUCAGAAGACUCUGGCAGUUUCACCUGUACUGCAAGCAAUAAAUAUGGCACAGUGUCCAGCAUAGCUCGUCUGACUGUCAAAGCAGCUGAAGACAGCAGCAGUGCUGCUGCCCUUCACACAAUGAGCUCCAUCGACUUCGUGGCCACCGAGCACCAACCUCGCCCCCAAACUCCCUCCAGCCAUGGGGCAAAUCAAACAGCCAAACCCAAACUGGAAGGAGUUCUUGUGAACCACAAUGAACCCAGGUCCAGCUCCAAGGCAGGGCUCCGUGUCCACUUCAAGCUGCCUGAAGAUGAAAAGGGAAGUGAAUCAUCAGAGGAUGGAUCUGGAGCCACAAACCAAAUCAGACCCAACCAUUUCCCAGAGAAGAUAAAUGGACAGCCAAUGAAAAUCCCAGAGCCAACAUCACCAUCCAAGGAACCUCCCCCAGUACUGGCUAAACCAAAGCUUGAUCAGAGCCAGUUAAAACAGCUCCACAACCAGGUCUUGCUUGAACAACAGCAGGUGCAUCAGGCAUCUCUCAGAGAGCUGCCAUUCAACAGCACUUUGGUGAAUUCUGCCACUUGCCUGUACCAGCAGUGCACCUCGAGCCUGUACAAGCAGAGCUCAGCCGGUGCCUUUGGCUAUGGGCGCCCCAAGCAGUUCCUGGCACCAGCGACUCUCCCCCAGGGCAGCCCCUGUGCCAGCUCCUCAGCCACCCUCAGCAGCGCUCCCCAGGCAGCCCAGAGAACAGCCAACAUGGAAACCCUCAUGGCAAACCCUCCAGCUGCCCCGUCCAGAGCCUCAGGAGGGUUUACAAGCAGAAGUGAGCAGUCUCUAGCGAGCCCUAAAGAAGCCGUGGUGCCUCCAUUAACACUUUCCAUGGGCAGUGUCAAACAGUUCCAGCCACAGACUGUGACUCCUGCUCCCCUCUCCCCAACGGGACGGAUCCAGAACCCAGUAGCUUUCCUCAGUGCUGUUCUUCCUUCUCUCCCCACCACACCAUCCACCAAUGCCAUGGGAUUGCCCAGAAGCACACCUGCCACCCCAACCCAGGGAUUAACAAAGAAAAACCUGAAGCCUCUACCAUUAGCAACAGAAGAUUCUAUCCGGGAAAACAAAGCUGCACUUGUAAAGGACCUGGAAAGAAAACUGCAUUUCAGAGAGGAUGCUAAUCAACCAAGUGGCCAGCAGGAAUACAGGAUUUCCAGCUUUGAGCAGAGGCUGAUGAAUGAAAUCGAAUUUCGCCUGGAGCGGACCCCGGUGGAUGAAUCAGAUGAUGAAGUGCAACACGAGGAAAUCCCCACAGGCAAAUACAUAGCUCCCAUCUUUGAUAAGAGACUCAAGCAUUUUCGGGUAAUGGAAGGAUCCCCUAUCACAUUCACCUGCAAAAUAGUUGGAAUACCUGUUCCCAAGGUCUACUGGUUCAAGGAUGGCAAGCAGAUUUCAAAGAAAAACACACAUUUCAAAAUGAACAGAGAAGAAGAUGGAACAUGUUCUUUACAUAUUGAAGCUGCUACUAAUGAUGAUGAUGGCAACUAUACAAUUAUGGCUGCAAACCCACAAGGGAGGAUCAGUUGUUCAGGACACCUGAUGGUUCAGAGUGUCCCUUUUCGGGGACGAAUAUCAACAACUCAGCCUCACAGAACACGACCCCGGGUGCCAGAAGGAGACAAGGAGGCAGUUCAAGAACGUUUUUUCAGGCCAUACUUCCUCCAGGCUCCAGGUGACAUGGUGGCACACGAAGGGAGACUCUGCAGGUUGGACUGUAAGGUGAGUGGGUUACCAACUCCAGACCUGACAUGGCUCCUGAAUGGCAAACCUGUGCUCCCAGAUGCCAGACACAAGAUGCUGGUCAGAGAGACUGGAGUGCACUCCCUGCUCAUCGACCCUCUCUCCCAAAGUGAUGCUGGGACUUACACCUGCCUUGCCACCAACAGAACAGGACAAAAUUCAUUUAGUCUGGAGCUCACUGUUGUAGCAAAGGAAGUAAAAAGAGCCCCCAUGUUUCUGGAGAAGCUUCAGAACUGUGGUGUUCCAGAAGGCUACCCUGUCAGAUUAGAGUGCAGAGUUGUGGGAAUGCCACCUCCUGUAUUUUACUGGAAGAAAGACAAUGAGACCAUCCCAUCAAACAGAGAGAGGAUGAGCAUGCAUCAGGACACAACAGGGUAUGUCUGCCUGCUGAUCCAGCCUGCCAAGAAAGCAGAUGCUGGUUGGUACACCUUGUCUGCCAAGAACGAAGCUGGCAUUGUCUCCUGCACUGCUCGACUCGACAUAUACGCUCAGUGGCACCGUCAGAUUCCACAAGCGCUCAAGCUCCGCCCCGCUGGCAGCCGCUACACGAACCUCAGCAGCCAAGGACUCGACAUCUUCCCUGCCUUUCCAGCUCCUGACAGCCCCGUGCUGUUUGCAUCCCCCACCCAAAAGUUGGUGGAGAGUGAAGAACUUUGAAAAACAAACACUCGUUCCAGUUGCACCUGCGGAGAUACUUAGAACUGUGAAAAACUAAAUAAUAAUAAUAAUAAAAAAAAAGAGGAGGUACAACUCAUGAUGCUCAAGGUUUACAAGCAACUUGUUUGUAAUGAAGUGCUCUGCUGCUGCAAAUACUGCAAGUAAUAUAUCAUACAAAACUUUUGCAUAUGGUUUUAAUGCAGGAUAAUUGUGGUAUGGAGUGUUGUGCAAUAAAUUCAGUACUGUGUA